GAUGCGCUUUUUUUGCAUUUUUUUUUGCAUUUUUUUUGCAAUUACUUCGUUUUUUGGCUUAACCUUAACGAACGCACGGCGAGAACUUCCCAAUGAAGGGACCAAAACGGUAAAAAAAGAAUGUGCUCUUAUAACCUCGAUACACAAAUGAGGAUUUGGGUAAUAGAAUUGAGCUUUUUUUUGUUUUUUUUUGUCUUUUCUCCAUGCCGAUCUAUAAAGGCACGUCGGUGUUUCGAGAUCCUCGCAUAACAAAUAAUACUGGAAUAAUAAUGUUUGAAUAAAUUAAAGUAUCCAUGGAAAAUAUCCUUUUCCCGAUGGAUAUACACACAUAUAUAUAUAUGUUAUGGGAACCCUCCACUUCGCUAGUCUUUGUUCUCUUCAAAAUCAAGGAUGUCUGAGAAAGAUCAAGAAGUAAAUCAAGCUGAUAGUUCAUUUGAGUCUUCGAGUGAAAAUAUCAAUAGAUAUGAAGGAACUCAAGCACAUGAAGAAGGAAUCCAUAAAGUGGUUAGCAAAUUAGAAGAAGGUGCUGGUUCUUUGGGUCCUUUAGAACAACCUUACGACUUAGUUAAAGUUGAAACCCAUCCUGAUCCAAAUACUACUUAUAACCCAGAAGAUCCUUGGAAUUAUCCAAUUGAUAAAGAAACAGGUUUAAGAAUUGUUGAAUUUGUUCAAGAUGAUAAAAAAAAUCCAAAAAAUAUGUCUACCGCUCAUAAAUGGCUUAUUACUUGUAUCUUAGGCUUAAUUUGUUUUAUUGUUGCCUUGGGUAGUGCAAUUGUUACUGGUGAUAUUGCCGGCCCCGCUGAGUAUUUCGAAGUUAGUGAAGAAGUAAUCAUUUUAUCAGAAGUAACGGUUUUCGUUAUUGGUUUCGGUGUUGGUCCUCUUUUCGUUGCUGGUUUAUCUGAAGAACUUGGAAGAAAUGCUGUUUACUUCCCAACCUUGGUUUUAGCAGUAAUCUUUGUUAUUCCUUGUGCUUUGGCUAAGAAUAUUGCAACUAUGCUUAUUUGUCGUUUACUCGAUGGUAUCUUUUUCUCUGCUCCAAUGACUUUAAUCGGGGGUAGUUUAGCUGAUAUUUGGGAUGCUAAAGAUCGUGGUAAAGCAAUGAGUGUCUUUUCUGCUGCUCCUUUUAUUGGUCCAGUUAUGGGUCCUAUCUUUGGUGGUUUGUUAGGUGAUUACACUUCAACCUGGAGAUGGGUCUUUUGGGCUUUUUUAAUCAUUUCAGGUUUCUUCGUGGGCCUUUUCAUGAUUUUAAUUCCUGAAACUCAUGGUCCUACCAUUUUGAAAAGACGUUCGAAAUGGUUAAGAAAGAAAACUGGUGAUCAAAGUUAUAAAACUUUUGCAGAACUUGCUCCUAAAAAUUUUAAGGAAACUGCCAAACAAUCUUUAUUAAGACCUCUUAUCUUACUAGGAGAAUUAAUUGUGUUUUUAAUUACCUUAUACAUGUCGGUUAUUUAUGGUUUAUUAUACAUGUUUUUCUUUGCUUAUCCAGUUGUUUAUAUGGAAGAUAAAGGUUGGUCUGCGCUGAUGACUGGGGUCAUGUUCUUACCAAUUGGUGCUGGUGUCAUUCUUUCUACUGCCGUGUCUCCUCUUAUUAAUAAAGAUUAUAAUAAGAGAGCUCAAGUAUAUAGGGAUAAGGGUGAACUUCCUCCUCCAGAAUUGAGACUUAUUCCUAUGAUGAUUGCUUGUUGGUUUGUUCCAAUAGGUUUAUUCUCUUUUGCCUGGUCCUCUUACUCUGAUAUCUCUUGGGCAGGUCCUUGUUUUAGUGGUUUUGCUUGUGGUUUCGGUUUCUGUGCUUUAUAUAAUCCUGCAAAUAACUACAUUGUUGACUCUUAUCAACACUAUGCCGCUAGUGGAUUGGCUGCUAAAACUUUCGUCAGAUCAAUUUGGGGUGCUUGUGUUCCUUUGUUUACUAUCCAAAUGUAUCAUCGCCUAGGAGACCAAUGGGCAACUUCAUUAAUGGCUUUUAUUUCUUUGGCCUGUUGUAUAAUUCCUUAUUUAUUCUUCUUCUUUGGUGCUAGAAUUAGAAGACACUCAAAAUACGCAUAUGCUCCUGAAUUGGACGAAUAAACCGUCAUUUUAUUUCAAUAAUUUUCUCAUUGCAUUAUUUUGCUUAAUUAAUAUCUUAAUUUAUAUAAUUCUAUGGCUAAAUUUAAU